CGGUUCGCCGCCAAAAAGAACUUCAAUUAAGAAAUAAACGACGAAAUCUAUAAAUAAAUAGAAAUAACUUCUAUCGCGAAAUCACAGAAAAUCACACAAUGAAGAAGUUUAUAAUUGUGUUUGUUGCAUUAUUCGGAGCCGCUGUGGCCCAGCAAAGCUUCAAAUGCCCCGACGAUUUCGGUUUCUAUCCACACGAGACAUCGUGCGACAAAUACUGGAAGUGCGACAAUGGCGUCUCCGAGCUGAAGACCUGCGGCAAUGGCCUGGCUUUCGAUGCCUCAGAUUCCAAAUUCCUGACGGAGAACUGUGAUUAUCUGCACAAUGUGGACUGCGGCGAUCGCACAGAGUUGGAGCCACCAAUUUCGACGCCACAUUGCUCACGCUUGUACGGCAUCUUCCCCGAUGAGAACAAAUGCGACGUCUUCUGGAACUGCUGGAACGGCGAACCAUCCAGAUAUCAGUGCUCACCCGGUCUGGCCUACGAUCGUGAUGCACGCGUGUGCAUGUGGGCCGAUCAGGUGCCCGAAUGCAAGAACGAAGAAGUUGCGAAUGGAUUUGCCUGCCCCGCCGCCGGAGAGUUGGCCAAUGCCGGCUCCUUCUCGCGUCACGCUCAUCCCGAGGAUUGCCGCAAAUACUACAUCUGCUUGGAGGGUGUGGCGCGCGAGUAUGGCUGCCCCAUUGGCACCGUUUUCAAGAUUGGCGACAGUGAUGGCACUGGCAACUGCGAAGAUCCCGAGGAUGUUCCCGGCUGCGAAGACUACUAUGGCGAUCUGGAUCUGAAGAGCAUCCGCAAGAGCGAACUUCUAGCUGGAUUGAACAGUGAAGGUCGCACUAAGAGCGCGCCCAAAACCAAAGCUGCCUCCUCAUAAACAUAAAAACAAUAACAACAACAAUAACUAAACAACUACAACUAUAACAAUAACUACAACAAAAACAAAUACAACAAGAUCAAUACAAUUUCUAUUCAACAUUUCCCUUCCAACGACAACAACAACAACAACCAAUUCACUCAAUCACAAUCGCAAUCACAAUCACAAGCAUCACGCACACAUGCUCAAAAUUGAAGAACAAGAAGAAGAAGAAAAAGAAAGAAAUAAGAGAAAAUACUCAAAUCCAUCAUAUCGAUAUAUAUCGCAUGCCUCUGUGGCCAACCAACUCUAUGCUCCAUCUCUUGUCUUAGUUUCUCUUUUUUCGCUAUCGUUAUCGUUUUCAUAUUCUUUUCCUUUUAUGUCUUCUAUGUCUCACUUUCAACUCAUUGCUAUCCCUGUGUUUCCUUUUUCAAAAUUUGAAAAAUCCAAGUACAUAUCAAAAUUAUAACAAAAAUGUAGGGCUUAACGCUAAAAUAUAUAAUUAAAUGUGCGAAAGACAACAAACAACAUCGAGGAAAGAUGCAAUCUUUCAAAAAUCAAGCGUAAAAUUUAGAGAUUUGUACAUUUAAGUGAUCAUUGUUUAUAAGCUUAUUAUUUUAUUUUAUACAUAAAAGAAAAAAUAUAUAAAAAACCCAAA